AUGAGUCUUGAUGACAAAGUCGUUUUUCACUGGUGGCUUUUACGAGUUUACGACAGUUUUGAGAAGAAGACGAGGGCUUUUGGGAUGUUGUCAAUAAGUGCUGCUACCCAACACUCGCAAAAACACGUUUUUGUUUGUCACUUUAUAAAAACGAGCAAACAGCAAAAUUUAGAUGAACAUGACAGGAUGUCGAAUGAGUUUUUCUCUACUGCUUCUUCAAAGGAUAUUUUGUAG